CGGGUUUGUGCGCCGGGGGUUGAAGAAGAGGAGUGUCUCUCUCUUUUUGACAGUUUAUUGCCAUCGUUGUCGGCGCUUGAACCUUCAACACGCAAGAGUGAAGUUGCUUUGUUAUAUAGAAAAAAAAAAAGCGUGAAAAAAAAUUUCUCUUGCUUCCUCCCUCUCUCUCUUUCUCUCUCUUUCUCUCUUUCUUAACAUAUCUACCGAGAAACGAAAUGGCUGCACCUCUUACUCACCCCAGCAUCAAGGACGGUUGGUUCAUGGAAAAGAACUCCCAAUGGCCUGGUCAAGCCAUGGCUUUGAAGGUCGAGGAGAUUCUCCAUGUUGAGAAGAGCAAGUUCCAAGACGUGUUGGUUUUCCAGUCUGCCAACUAUGGCAACGUGUUGGUUCUUGACGGUGUUAUCCAGGCCACCGAGCGCGAUGAAUUUUCAUACCAGGAAAUGAUCACUCAUCUUGCCAUGAACUCGCACCCUAACCCCAAGAAGGUGCUUGUCAUUGGUGGUGGCGAUGGUGGCGUUCUCCGUGAAGUUGUCAAGCACGACUGCGUCGAGGAAGCCACUCUUGUCGACAUUGACGAAGCCGUCCCUCGUGUCUCCAAAAAGUACUUGCCCAACAUGUCGAUUGGCUUCGAGCAUCCCAGAGUCAACGUCCACAUUGGCGAUGGUGUGGAAUUCUUGCGUGACAAGGUCAACCAGUACGAUGUCAUUAUCACUGACUCGUCUGACCCUGAUGGUCCUGCCGAGGGUCUCUUUGGCGCUGAAUUCUUCCAGUUGCUCAAGAACGCCUUGACCGAAAAGGGUGUUUUCAGCACCCAGGGUGAAUGCAUGUGGCUCCACUUGCCUUUGAUCAAGAAGGUCAUUGAUUUCUGCAAGGACUUGUACCCCCGCGUCGAAUACGGCUAUACUUGCAUCCCCACCUACCCCAGCGGUCAAAUUGGCCACAUCAUGUGCUCCAAGGACCCCGAGGCUCUCAUCCGUGAGCCUCUUCGCAAGUGGUCGCCCGAGCAGGAAGCCAAGUUGUGCCGUUACUACAACGCAGACAUCCACAAGGCUGCUUUCAUCUUGCCUCAAUUCGCCAAGAAGGCCUUGUACGAGUAAAUAAUAAUAAAAUAAUAAUAAAAAGUUUGUUUGUUUGUGUUCAUAGACAUGUAUAUUGUUACCUAACC